UUCAUUUUGGAAGUGGAUAACUGCCCAGAUUGCAAGAAUAACAAGAGUGCUGAGAGCACAAUUUGGAGGAGCCAUGGAAGAGUCUUCCCAGCCCACUAAACCCCUGGAGAUGAACCCUCACUCUCGCUUUAUUAUUGGUUCUGUGUCAGAGGAUAACUCGGAAGAUGAGACAAGCUCCUUGGUGAAACUUGACCUGCUAGAGGAGAAAGAGAGGUCUUUGUCGCCUGUGUCUGUCUGUUCGGAUUCCCUUUCAGACCUAGGACUCUCCAGUGCUCAGGAUGGCCUGGCGAGCCAUAUGAGGCCCAGCAUGUCUGGCUUACACCUUGUAAAGCAAGGCCGGGACAGGAAGAAAGUUGACGUGCAGCGGGAUUUCACUGUGGCUUCUCCAGCAGAAUUUGUUACUCGAUUCGGAGGGAAUAAAGUUAUUGAGAAGGUCCUGAUAGCCAAUAAUGGGAUUGCAGCAGUGAAAUGCAUGAGAUCGAUCCGACGCUGGUCCUAUGAGAUGUUUCGAAAUGAGCGGGCGAUCAGAUUUGUUGUCAUGGUGACUCCUGAGGAUCUGAAAGCAAAUGCAGAAUAUAUUAAAAUGGCGGAUCACUAUGUCCCAGUUCCAGGAGGACCAAACAACAACAACUAUGCAAAUGUGGAACUCAUUCUUGAUAUUGCUAAACGGAUUCCAGUGCAGGCUGUAUGGGCUGGCUGGGGCCAUGCCUCUGAGAACCCUAAACUACCAGAACUUCUCCACAAAAAUGGGAUUGCUUUCAUGGGUCCUCCAAGCCAAGCAAUGUGGGCUUUAGGAGAUAAAAUUGCUUCAUCAAUAGUGGCUCAGACUGCGGGCAUCCCAACUCUUCCUUGGAGUGGCAGUGGUCUUCGAGUAGACUGGCAGGAAAAUGAUCUUCAGAAACGUAUCUUGAAUGUUCCUCAGGAGCUAUAUGAAAAAGGCUAUGUGAAAGAUGCAGACGAUGGACUGCGGGCUGCUGAAGAGGUUGGCUACCCUGUCAUGAUCAAGGCCUCUGAAGGAGGAGGAGGAAAAGGAAUUAGGAAAGUUAACAAUGCAGAUGACUUCCCUAACCUAUUUAGACAGGUUCAAGCUGAAGUCCCAGGCUCUCCAAUCUUCGUAAUGAGGCUAGCCAAGCAAUCCCGCCACUUGGAGGUGCAGAUCCUGGCAGAUCAGUACGGCAAUGCCAUCUCUCUCUUUGGUCGGGACUGCUCCGUGCAGCGCAGGCACCAGAAGAUUAUUGAAGAAGCACCUGCUUCUAUUGCGACUUCGGCAGUAUUUGAGCACAUGGAGCAGUGUGCAGUGAAGCUUGCCAAAAUGGUGGGAUAUGUGAGCGCGGGCACCGUGGAAUACCUCUACAGCCAGGAUGGCAGUUUCUACUUUCUGGAGUUGAAUCCCCGUCUGCAAGUGGAGCACCCCUGCACGGAGAUGGUAGCUGAUGUUAAUCUGCCAGCAGCACAGCUCCAGAUUGCCAUGGGGAUUCCACUCCACAGGAUCAAGGAUAUCCGAGUGAUGUAUGGUGUUUCUCCAUGGGGAGAUGGAGCUAUUGAUUUUGAGAAUUCAGCCCAUGUUCCCUGUCCACGUGGCCAUGUUAUUGCUGCACGUAUCACCAGUGAGAAUCCUGAUGAGGGAUUUAAGCCUAGUUCUGGUACAGUCCAGGAACUGAAUUUCCGCAGCAAUAAGAAUGUCUGGGGCUAUUUCAGUGUUGCUGCUGCAGGAGGGCUUCAUGAGUUUGCUGAUUCUCAGUUUGGUCACUGCUUCUCUUGGGGAGAGAAUCGUGAAGAAGCCAUCUCAAACAUGGUGGUGGCUUUGAAGGAGCUGUCCAUCCGAGGGGAUUUCCGAACCACUGUUGAGUACUUGAUUAAACUGUUGGAAACAGAAAGCUUCCAGCAGAACCGCAUUGACACUGGCUGGUUGGAUCGGCUUAUUGCUGAGAAAGUACAGGCUGAAAGGCCUGAUACCAUGCUAGGAGUGGUAUGUGGAGCUCUUCAUGUGGCUGAUGUGAGCUUACGGAACAGUGUCUCAAACUUCCUGCACUCUCUGGAAAGGGGACAAGUUCUGCCUGCUCAUACUCUGCUCAACACCGUGGAUGUGGAACUCAUCUAUGAAGGACGGAAGUAUGUGCUGAAGGUGACCCGACAGUCUCCCAACUCCUACGUGGUCAUCAUGAACAGCUCCUGUGUAGAAGUCGAUGUGCACCGGCUGAGCGAUGGAGGACUGCUCCUGUCCUAUGAUGGCAGCAGCUAUACUACUUACAUGAAGGAAGAAGUGGACAGGUAUCGCAUCACUAUAGGUAACAAGACCUGUGUGUUUGAAAAGGAAAACGAUCCCUCCAUCCUGCGCUCGCCUUCAGCUGGGAAGCUUAUUCAGUACGUGGUGGAGGACGGCGGACACGUGUUCGCAGGCCAAUGCUUUGCAGAAAUCGAGGUGAUGAAAAUGGUGAUGACACUAACAGUAGGAGAAUCGGGCUGCAUCCAUUACGUCAAACGCCCUGGGGCAGUGUUGGAUCCAGGCUGUGUGAUUGCCAAGCUCCAACUGGAUGAUCCCAGCAGGGUUCAGCAGGCUGAACUGCACACGGGUACCUUGCCACAGAUCCAGAGCACAGCACUCCGAGGCGAGAAACUCCAUCGCAUCUUCCAUUACGUCCUAGAUAACCUGGUCAAUGUGAUGAACGGAUACUGCCUGCCAGAGCCCUACUUCAGCAGCAAGGUGAAGGGCUGGGUGGAGCGUCUAAUGAAGACCCUGAGAGAUCCAUCUUUGCCUCUGCUGGAACUUCAGGACAUCAUGACCAGUGUUUCUGGACGGAUCCCACCCAAUGUGGAGAAGUCCAUCAAGAAGGAGAUGGCCCAGUAUGCCAGCAACAUCACAUCAGUCCUUUGCCAGUUUCCCAGCCAACAGAUUGCCAAUAUCCUGGAUAGCCAUGCAGCCACUUUGAACCGCAAAUCAGAGCGUGAGGUCUUCUUCAUGAACACUCAGAGCAUUGUGCAGCUUGUACAAAGGUACCGGAGUGGUAUUCGGGGUCACAUGAAGGCUGUGGUGAUGGACCUGCUCCGUCAGUAUCUGAAGGUGGAGACUCAGUUUCAGCACGGUCACUAUGACAAGUGUGUCUUUGCCCUUCGGGAAGAGAAUAAAAGCGACAUGAAUGCUGUGUUGAACUACAUCUUCUCACAUGCUCAGGUCACCAAGAAGAACCUGCUCGUUACAAUGCUCAUUGACCAGCUAUGUGGCCGUGACCCCACCUUGACAGAUGAGCUGAUUAAUAUUCUGACAGAGCUGACCCAGCUCAGCAAGACAACCAACGCCAAAGUGGCUCUGCGAGCGCGGCAGGUAAGGGAGCGUUUUCAGGCAUCCAAGCCCGUUAGAGACAGGCUGUGCUGUUGCUCCGCUAUUGACAUGUAUGGACACCAGUUCUGCAUUGAGAACCUGCAGAAACUCAUUUUGUCAGAAACAUCCAUCUUUGAUGUGCUACCCAACUUUUUCUACCACAGUAACCAGGUGGUAAGAAUGGCAGCUUUAGAGGUGUAUGUUCGAAGGGCAUACAUUGCCUACGAAUUAAACAGUGUCCAGCACCGCCAGCUGAAGGAUAACACUUGUGUGGUGGAGUUCCAGUUCAUGCUACCUACCUCCCAUCCAAACAGAGGGAACAUCCCCACGCUAAACAGAAUGUCCUUCUCUUCCAACCUCAACCACUACGGGAUGGUCCACGUGGCCAGCGUGAGUGACGUGCUGCUGGACAACUCGUUCACUCCGCCGUGCCAGCGGAUGGGUGGAAUGGUCUCCUUCCGCACCUUCGAAGAUUUUGUCAGAAUCUUUGAUGAAGUGAUGAGUUGUUUCUGCGACUCUCCUCCCCAGAGCCCAACCUUCCCUGAAGCUGGCCAUGCUUCCUUGUAUGAUGAAGACAAGGCCGCCCGUGAGGAGCCCAUUCACAUUCUUAAUGUUGCAAUUAAAACUGACAGUGAUGUUGAUGAUGAUGGGCUGGCAGCCAUGUUCAGGGAGUUCACACAGAGCAAGAAAUCGGUCCUGAUUGAACACGGGAUUCGGAGACUGACUUUCCUUGUAGCACAAAAGGACUUCAGGAAACAGGUCAACUGUGAGGUGGAUCAGAGAUUUCAUAGAGAAUUUCCAAAGUUCUUCACGUUCCGUGCCCGGGAUAAGUUUGAAGAAGAUAGAAUCUACCGGCAUCUGGAGCCAGCUCUGGCCUUCCAGCUGGAGCUGAACAGAAUGCGAAACUUCGACCUCACUGCCAUCCCGUGUGCCAACCAUAAGAUGCACCUCUACCUGGGAGCAGCGAAAGUUGAAGUAGGAACAGAGGUGACAGACUACAGGUUCUUCGUGAGGGCUAUCAUAAGGCAUUCAGACCUGGUUACCAAGGAAGCCUCCUUUGAGUAUCUGCAAAAUGAGGGAGAGCGAUUGCUUUUGGAAGCCAUGGAUGAGCUGGAGGUGGCAUUUAAUAACACCAACGUGCGCACUGACUGCAAUCACAUCUUCUUAAAUUUUGUGCCUACUGUCAUCAUGGACCCAUCAAAGAUUGAAGAAUCUGUGCGGAGCAUGGUGAUGCGCUACGGGAGUCGCUUGUGGAAACUCCGCGUCCUCCAAGCCGAGCUGAAGAUCAACAUUCGGUUGACACCAACCGGGAAGGCAAUUCCCAUUCGUCUCUUCCUGACCAACGAGUCAGGCUACUACUUGGACAUCAGUCUGUACAAAGAAGUAACGGACUCCAGGACAGCACAGAUUAUGUUCCAGGCCUAUGGGGAUAAACAGGGGCCACUUCAUGGGAUGCUGAUCAAUACCCCGUACGUGACCAAGGACCUGCUUCAGUCCAAGAGAUUCCAAGCACAGUCUUUAGGGACAUCCUACGUCUAUGACAUUCCUGAGAUGUUUCGGCAGUCUUUGAUUAAACUCUGGGAUUCGAUGAAUGAACACGCAUUCCUGCCAACACCACCGCUGCCGUCUGACAUACUAACGUACACCGAGUUGGUGUUGGAUGAUCAGGGCCAGCUCGUGCACAUGAACAGGCUGCCGGGAGGAAAUGAGAUUGGGAUGGUAGCUUGGAAAAUGACCCUCAAGACCCCCGAGUAUCCAGAAGGCCGCGAUAUCAUUGUCAUUGGCAAUGACAUCACCUACCGGAUCGGUUCCUUCGGGCCUCAAGAAGACAUGCUGUUCCUGAGGGCUUCAGAGCUUGCCCGAAGCCAUGGCAUACCCCGUAUCUACGUGGCUGCCAACAGCGGAGCCCGGAUCGGCUUGGCCGAGGAGAUUCGGCACAUGUUCCACGUUGCGUGGGAGGACCCGGAUGACCCAUACAAAGGAUACAAAUACCUGUACCUGACGCCUCAGGACUAUAAAAAAGUCAGUGCUCUGAACUCAGUUCACUGUGAACACGUGGAGGACAACGGAGAGUCCAGGUAUAAGAUAACAGAUAUUAUCGGGAAGGAAGACGGACUUGGAAUAGAGAACCUCAGAGGAUCUGGCAUGAUUGCUGGAGAAUCAUCUUUAGCCUAUGACAGUAUUAUCACCAUCAACUUGGUUACGUGUCGGGCGAUUGGAAUUGGAGCUUACCUUGUUCGGCUCGGGCAGAGAACUAUCCAGGUUGAGAACUCUCACAUAAUCCUGACCGGCUGCGGAGCCCUUAACAAGGUGCUUGGACGGGAGGUUUACACCUCCAACAACCAGCUGGGUGGGAUCCAGAUAAUGCACAACAACGGGGUGACGCACGGCACCGUGUGCGACGACUUCGAAGGAGUCUACACCAUUCUGCUGUGGCUUUCCUACAUGCCAAAGAGCGUGUACAGCCCUGUUCCUAUCCUCAAAGUCAAAGACCCUAUAGACAGAACCAUAGACUACGUGCCGACCAAGACCCCCUAUGAUCCUCGCUGGUUGCUGGCCGGCCGCCCAAAUCCAAGUCAAAAAGGACAAUGGCUGAGUGGUUUCUUUGACAAUGGCUCCUUCCUGGAGAUCAUGCAGCCCUGGGCCCAGACGGUUGUGGUUGGCAGAGCAAGGCUGGGAGGAAUACCUGUAGGAGUUGUUGCCGUAGAAACGAGAACAGUGGAGCUGAGUAUCCCCGCCGACCCCGCAAACCUGGACUCGGAGGCCAAGAUAAUCCAGCAGGCUGGCCAGGUGUGGUUCCCUGACUCGGCCUUUAAGACAGCCCAGGCUAUCAAUGACUUCAACAGAGAGGGGCUGCCUCUGAUGGUCUUUGCCAACUGGAGAGGCUUCUCCGGUGGGAUGAAAGACAUGUACGACCAAGUGCUGAAGUUUGGUGCCUACAUCGUGGACGGCCUGCGGGAGUAUCGGCAGCCCGUGCUCAUUUACAUCCCGCCGCAGGCGGAGCUGAGAGGGGGAUCCUGGGCUGUGAUGGACCCGACCAUCAACCCUCGUCACAUGGAGAUGUACGCCGACCGCGAGAGCAGAGGAGGAAUCCUGGAACCGGAGGGGACGGUGGAAAUCAAAUUCCGCAGGAAAGACCUGGUGAAGACAAUGAGGCGAGUGGACCCCGUCUACAUCCACCUGGCGGAGCGCCUCGGUACCCCUGAGCUGAGCCCUGCCGACCGAAAAGAGCUGGAGACGAAGCUGAAGGAGCGGGAGGAGUUCCUCAUCCCCAUUUACCACCAGGUCGCCAUGCAGUUUGCCGACUUGCACGACACACCCGGCCGGAUGCAGGAGAAGGGUGCCAUCACUGACAUUCUAGACUGGAAAACUUCCCGUACCUUCUUCUACUGGAGGCUGAGACGUCUUCUUCUGGAGGACGUGGUCAAAAAGAAGAUCCACGAUGCCAACCCUGAGCUGACCGAUGGGCAGAUCCAGGCUAUGCUGAGACGCUGGUUUGUGGAGGUCGAAGGGACAGUAAAGGCGUACCUGUGGGACAGUAACAAGGACCUGGUGGAGUGGCUGGAAAAGCAGCUAGCAGAAGAGGAAGGCGUUCGCUCCGUUGUGGAUGAAAACAUCAAGUACAUCUCCAGGGACUACAUCCUCAAGCAGAUACGGAGCCUGGUCCAGGCCAAUCCGGAGGUUGCCAUGGAUUCGAUCGUGCACAUGACCCAGCAUAUAUCACCCACCCAGCGAGCGGAGAUCGUGCGGAUCCUCUCCACAAUGGACUCGCCUUCUUCAACGUAAGAGCAUCGAUUUCCCGUACUCCCCCCUGCCCGGUACAGUGGAGGAAAAAAAAAAAAAAAAAAAAAAAGCUCAGAAUUGCCCUUUGUCUGCUCGACUGCGACCACUGUACCGAGACGGGAGGCUCAGGGAAAUGCUGGAAGAGUGACAUUUUUAUUUUUUCAAAUCAGACUGACCAGAGGAAGUGUGUUCUUUGGCCACAGACACGAGGAAAAUGUAUAAACACAAGCGCCUGCGGAAUUGAG